AUGAUUUAUUCAAAGUACCUGAGAUCAGUGUUUGGUCUCAGACAGGGGCUCCACUGGCCCUUGUCCGCUGGUAACUCUCCGCCUGAACGGCUGAAGCUCCCAGCGGCUUUUGAGGGGAUCCUUUACUUCCGCUUGGGGUGUUUACCCUUUCCCCGCAUUGAAUAUAUCGCUGGCUUAGUUGUUAAAAAUUAUAGUGCUCUCUUAUGCUUUAACUUCGAUACUCCUAAAAAUGGUAAAUUUAAAAUGUCGACAAUUUUCUAUUCAGAGACGCUUCGUAAGGAGAAAGCAAUUAUUUUAAAAGCAAUGCAGGAACCUACAAAUCGUUUAAAAGAAUAUGCUAAUGCUGCAGCUAAUGAUUUUACCCACAUGACCAAAGAAGAGAGGGAGCAUCGGAAUUCUUAUUAUGAACAUUCCGAACAAUUGUUGACUCCUAAGAAGCAAAAUAAACUGGGUUAUCGCUUCCGCAAGAGAACGGAUUAUAAUAAGGGGUUUCAGUUCUUCCCCGCCGGAUUUACACAUUUUUUUUACACAUUCGGUGAAAUAAUUAAGAACCAAUGA